AUGUACCUCGGACGUUUAGGCUCAGAGCACAGUGGAAUGAUCAUGGGCCUCUGCCCGAGCCUGGAGCUGAUGGGAGCUACAGUGAAGCCACACAGCGAGCAAAUGGUCAACAAGUUGCUCCAGGGAACAGGGUGGGAACUUGUUCCUGAGCACAUUUUAGGUGCGACGAUUACCGGCCGGGCGCCACGGUGGGCAGGAAAGCAGAGGAAGUUUGCGCAGCUGGGCAUGGUGAUGAUAGCCGCCAACCUCCAAAGAGAUGACCAGCCUUUUCCGUCGGGUUUAUGGCACAGGACCAACUUCGUGCUUGCGGCCCAGAUAAAUGAGCAGGGAAAGGCUUCAGCGCUUUGGCUCCUGUUCUAUCCUCCCCACUACCGCAACCGCAUCAACAGCGUGGCUCUCUCAUACCCCGAGUUUAAUCUUUUCACCAUCGCGGCCGUGGACCCCCUCCAACUCAACCGGACUCAAAACAAAGUCUUCCUAGUCAGUCUUGGCUCGGCCAGCUGGCGCCGAAAGAUGGAGACAAUAGAAGAUUGUACGGAAGGGCUGGGCAUUGUGACCCUUGAGUUCGUCGAAGACCUCCAGCCCGUUCACUAUGUCAGAGUGGUGUGGAACUCUGCAGUACAAUUCAGCCAGGCGCCAUUGGUGCUGAAGAAUUUGGUCAUAAAGUCGUCAAACGGGCAGAAAAGAUGUAUCUGGGUUUGCGAGGGCUUUCCAAACCAUCCAUUGCUGACCUGUCCGGCCUACAUCACACCGGAUAGAGACCCUUUGCCUGGCAUGCUGCCUAGUGCCCCAAUGCUCGUCCCUGGGUCAGAUGAAGUGAAGAUGGUCUACGAGCCAGGAUCUCCGUAUUAA